UACCCACGCUACUGACUGUACGUCAUGAAUUGUUGGAUGUUGAAUCCUUCCCUGGCUCUUUAACUCAUUUUCCCCAUGCACGAAUUACAACAAGCUGCGAAGUCAAGAUAGUGAAGAUAGUGAAGACAGACAGGACACAUAUGGAAGAGAGAGCGGUGAUGGAAAACACCUCAGGGCUGAGGCUGGGAGUUGAGCCUGCGGCGGAUGCUAAAAGGACUCUGUAUUUAGAAUGACUGCUCUACUAACAGGCCCUGAGGGGGAGAUGACAAAGGAGGAUGUAUCGGAGCCUGUCGAGGGAGACAUUGUGCUGGGCUGGACCGCCUCCCAUCAGCGGCCAGUCAUCCACCAGGUGGCUUCUGCACCCAUGCCCAGUGACUGUGAGUUCUCCUUCUUUGACCCCAGUGAGCCACAAUGCAAAGAGGUUCUCCUGGAUCCCUGCACCACCAUACCAGAGCUGUUCGCUGUCCUCAGGCAGUGGGUGCCCCAGGUCCAGAAAAACAUCGACCUCAUCGGCAAUGAGAUCCUAAAGAGAGGCUGCGGCGUGAAUGAUCGAGAUGGUCUGACGGAUAUGAGCCUCCUGCACUACUGCUGCAAGGCCGGAGCCCCGGGCAUCGGUGAUGCAGAGACAGCAGCCUCCUUUGCACGUCAGAUCCUCUCACUGGGUGCUGAUCCCAACCUUCGCUCCCGCUGGACUAACAUGAGGGCCCUGCACUACGCUGCAUACUUUGACGUGCCCCAGCUAAUCAGGGUAGUGUCUCAGGCCUCCCAGCUUGGAGAGGUGGAUGCGACCUGCAGUGACUUUGACUUCGGCACGUCUCUGCACAUCGCCGCAUCCAACCUGUGCAUCUCGUCCGUCAAAUGUCUCUUGGAGCUGGGAGCCAAUCCUGCCUUCAGAAAUGAAAAAGGACAGUGCCCUGCAGAUGUGGUGCCGGACCCCCUCGACAUGCCCUUGGAAAUGGCGGAUGCAGCCGUUGUGGCCAAAGAGCUUCGGACUUUAUUGAGACAGGCGUUACCCAGACCCAGCUCCCCUCUGCCCCUCGCGCUGCAAGCCCAGACCCUUUCUGCUCUCUCAGAUAAGGCCAGGAUUCAGCUCGCCGCCAUGGGACUCCAACUAGGUGACCGUGUGGUGAUUGCUGGACAGAAGGUUGGAACCCUGCGAUUCUGUGGCAGCACCGAGUUCUCUGGGGGCCUCUGGGCCGGAGUGGAGCUCGACAAAUCAGAGGGGAAGAACGAUGGCUCGGUAGCAGGGGUUCAUUACUUCACCUGUCGAAUGAAACAUGGAAUCUUUGCCCCUCUCUCUAAGAUAAGCAAACCUUUGGAAAGACACAAAACCAGCAACACAAAGAGUUCUACACCUGCACGCCCCUCUCGUCGCAUUGACCUGUCCCGCAUCACCUCCAAGAUAAACACAGGUGUUCUCUCCCGCUCUCUCUCCUCUUCAUCGUCUUCACUGGACUCCCGGCCUCCACCAGGUUCUCGACCUCGUCCACUGCCCAGGCAGCGUCUUCCUGCCAGGCAGCGGAGACAGCGCGUUUCCCCGGGUCCCAAGACCUCACCCUCACAGGGCCUCCGCUCUUCUCCCGACACCACCGCACUUACUGCUGCAGGUCCUCGAAGCCGAACCCCCUCAGUUUCUAGCUCUGUCUGUGGGGGGCCUGAGAUGCGUGUGGGGGAGAGAGUGCUGGUGGUCGGACAGAGAACUGGUAUUGUCCAAUUCCAUGGAAAGACCAGCUUUGCUCCAGGGCUCUGGUUGGGCAUUAAGUUAGACAAGCCCAGCGGUAAAAAUGAUGGAUCAGUGGGAGGAGUGAGGUACUUCAGCUGCCCACCAAAACAUGGCGUCUUUGCUCCUCCAUCUCGUGUUCAAAGGAUCCACGGAUCUGUUGACUGCCUGUCAGAGCUCUCCUCCUCACGCCUCAGUCAUCCUAUCAGCGGGACAAUCCGUCGCAGCUUCAGCACUUCGUCGGCCAUCGCCAACCUGAAGGAGUCGAGCAGGAGGAGUCCUGUUAGCAGAAGGAGUCGUUCCAACCCCCACCGGCGGCGCUGGAACACCCUCAGCGGUGGUGUUGGCGGCGCAUCUAGGAGCACGGCGGGGUCCAGCCCCUCGCCUGGCUGUGACGGACAGGUCUGUCUCCACGUGGGCAUGCAGGUCCUGCUCACCAGUGCCAAUGAGAUGGCGUUCAUCCGUUACCUGGACACAGCGGACUUUGCCCCGGGUCUUUGGCUGGGACUCGAGCUCCGGAGCCCCAAAGGCAAGAAUGACGGCUCGGUGGGCGGCCGCCGUUACUUCAGCUGUCGAGCAGGCCACGGCGUGCUGGUCCGUCCCAGCCGCGUCACCUACCGUGGCAUCAACGGUUCACGCCUGGUGAAAGAAGCCAGCUGAGGACUGUGGGAGAGGGGUGGUGGGCUGUGAAGUUGUUUUGACAUUUUGUUUUUGAUCCUUUCAAAGCAAACAUUUGAACUUUGAACAUUUUCUCUUUUUAUGCGCUUCAUUUUUCUUCACGCAGUUAGUCAUCGACGCGCUUCCAACGGUGGUGAGAAUCUGAAGAAUUAAAACCACUGAUCAAUACUUCAAAAUUUAACUGCUAGAUUGAAUAUUUGAAAAUAUAUUAAAGACAAAAAAGCACUUUAUUGAUAAACUCAAAUUCCUGAGAUGUUGUUUGGGCAGGAUGCAGGGGAAAGUCUGAAUCUAAAACACUGCACUACUUUGAAUCUAAUUGCACUUACAGACGUAUAAAAUGAUAGAAUACGGUCAACAGGUUGGUAUGGAUGUGCUCACGUGAGGAACGAUUUCUAUCCUAAAAGCUAAAAGCUGGAUCAGAUGACUCAGAUCUUUAUCAGAGGGUUCAGUUGAUAAUGUAGCCGACUUUCUAACCAAAAGUGUGCAUGUGUUUGUGUUUAUGUGUUGGUGUGCAAGUGUGUAAUUGAGAGCACUUUGAAUCAAGAGAGUGAGGGAUUCGUCCAGGGUUGUGAUAUGGCUUUUAGAGAAUUGAUAGAACUUGAGUUAAAACGUUAAUUUGACUCCAGAAUCUAUGUGAAUUAUUUCAGAUACAGUUAAGACGAGACGUGGAUCAUCCUCUGUUAUGAUGCAGCUGCACCAGCAGAAGUUAUUCCCAUCUUCAUCCUUCAGUCUGCAGCACAGACUGUUACAGAUAAGUACACAGAGAAAUGAUGAAUCCAUUGUUAUUUGUUGAGGACAAAUACAAAUCAACCUUUUCCCCCUUCGGAUAUCAAAAAUGUUCUUGUUUUCACUAAGAGAAGUCUUGAUUUCAGUUUUUCAUAGAAAUAGUUUUUAAUUCGUCGUACAAAUAAAAAGCAGGAUGGAGGACUCUUUGUAUUUCUUCUCUGCUCUGCAUAUUUGUGCACUUUCAGAGAAAAAGUAAACUCUUCAGAAGAUGAACUGCAGCUGCACUUUUGGAAACAAAAUAGUCGUAGCCUGAUUCAGAUGACAGAAAACAACAAAAAUAAAUUCACUCCAAUUGGAAAAUCCUUUGGCUUCCCUGAAAUCACCAGUGUGUCAACAUUUUGCAUUCCCCACAAGACUCAUUAGUCUUAACACUGAUGUUAACAUGAUGUGUACAGGCACAAAUUAUUCAGGUGUUUGCUCUCUGAACAGGAAAUAUUCCUACUGAGUCGUUGAACUGAUAACAAUCCAUUUCCAGCAUCUUGCCGUUUUUGUGCGACUCUGUAAAAUGAGAUUAACCCCGGCCUCGUAAAGAGUUAGACAGUUGGUUUGUUUACAACUCACAGAGCUGACCGUUAAAGGCAUCCUCCGAGCAAACUGUAGUAAAUCCUAAAUGAGAUGCAGAAUGACUGAGGAAGAGUGAACUUGUGUGCAAUUAAAUAUACUCACUGGCACUGAAGAUGUUGCAUCAGAUCAGGAACACAAGAACCAGAGGUGAAAUCGAGUCAUGGAUUUUAAGAAUCAUGACAGGAUGAAAAUUCAAAUCUCUUUCCGUGUGACGGAGCAGCAGAGCAGUCAAAGCUGUCACAGUGAUGACACAUUUUCUUUGGCAGAAGACGGAAAAAGUCAACGUGAGCCUUCAGUUUGAAACGGCGAAUGUAAUCUCAGAUUGGACGUCUUCGUAGUUUAGUAUUCUGUCCUCAUAUUUGUUGAAGCCCACAUUUCAGGGCACUGAAUGUGGUGAAAUUGCAUUUGAUGCUUAAUUAUAGCAGCUUGACACAGGAAAUAAGCAAUCAUCCCAAAGUUUCAGGGACAGAGUUUACUAUUUGAUUAGAGCCUUCUGGGCAACUCAGCGGAGAACAAGCCAUCGGUUGUGCAUGUGAAAAACAGAGCUUCUAUUCAGUAAAACACUCAUGUACCAUCCAAUUAGGGUGUGCAGGGCUCGACAGUAGAGUGGAAUCUCCAAUGGUCCUCUCACAUUGAUCCGUCUGGUCAGGCUUCCCGUGAUGGAAAAGCAGCAGUAUUUGCCACAGGUACGACAGAAUAGCAUUUAAAACAUGCUGUUAUUUCACAUUUCUAUUGACACAUCUUAAUCAACCCUUCCUUUUUUGAAAAGCAUCCUCUCAUCUGCAUUAAGGACAUCUCAUUGAAAACCACGGCUGUGUCAGUGCUCUACGUUUGAAAUCUUUUCGAUAAACUCCUGUUUUUUGAUGUAUCUGCAUUCCCAAUCGUAUUACAGCAUGAGUGAUUUCAAAUUCCACUGAAGGGUGUGAAAGUCUUCUGAGGCCGUAUUCUUGUGGGUAAAAGAUGAGAGAUUUUUUAUUUAAUGAAACUCCUGAUAUGCAUAUUUUGAGCUUGCGUGAGUGAGGGAUUUGGUCUGUUGCAUUUACAUGUUGUGGGAAAAACUAUUUGUAAAGAAAGACAAUAAAAGAUACUAUUCUAAUGAC